GAAAAAUAUUGGAUAUUGGAUUCGCAAUUGACUUGACUUAACCGCUACUGGAAAACAUCAAUGAAUUGUCGAUGUGACGCACCAAUCAUUUUUAUGACAGUUUGACCUUCUGGAGCUCAGCAACCCUCUGCAAUAAAUGAUGCUACUAGAUCAACGCCUUACUGUUUACGAAACACGUGCAAGUAUACACACGUUGUUUUGAUUUUAUUGGCUGCCGUUCUUCUAACUGUUUACUAGCAGUUCUGUUGCACACGUUUUAGCCCAUGCCAUACAACUUAUUCACUGUCAAUUACGCGAUAACACUGGAUCUAUAUCUGACAUUCCUUCGAAUUAUUUUUCGCUUAUUUUUAUAGUUGUGGAUUUAUAUUUCAAACUGUGAACGCGCAUCAUUCUGACAAUGAUUUGACAAUAUUCUUUGUCUUUUUUAUCAACUAUCAUUAUCAACGUCCAGUCGAGCGUUAUUUCUUCAAACUUACUUCCAAUAGAUUUAUUCAAAUUCAAUCUAUUUGUAACGUAUUUGUCCAAUGCGAUGUUGAAUUUCAAACAAAUGAUUUAUUAAUUUUUCACAUUUAUUCAUCAAUUACUACUAUUCAAUUAAAUUUGUAUCAUUUUAAAUGUAUACUUUAAUUGUAUUAUUCUAUUUAUAUUUACUUGAAGGUAUACCAUAUGGUGUUCAAUCACGAUUUCUACCACUUAUUUUUCGUAAUAAAGGUCUUUCAUUAACUUCACUUGGUCUCCAUAAACUCCUACAUAUUCCUUGGUUAUUUAAAAGCUUAUAUGCUCCAAUAAUUGAUAGACAUGUCAAUAAAAGACUCUGGUUAUUUAUUAGUUUCAGUGGUUUAUUUCUAUGUACAAUGUUAUUAUAUGUAAAAACUGAACAAUUAGUUAGUGGAGAUCAUUCAAUCAUGUUUAGUAUUUCAGUUGGCCUUUUUCUAUAUAAUUUUUGGGCAGCAUCACAAGAUAUCACAGUGGAUUCAUUAACUUUGUCGAUUUUAAAAUCAAAUCAAAUUUCUCUAGGGAAUACUAUACAAGUUGUUGGUUAUAAAUGUGGUGCUAUUAUUGGUGGUGGACUGCUGGCAUGGUUAUCAGCUUUUAUACAAAUGAAUUAUUUGUUUAUAUUACUUGGUUGUUUAUAUGCUAGUGGUAUGUGUUUUUGUUUGAUUGGCAAAUGUUGGAAAUUUAUCAGCGUUAAACAGUUGUCAUAUGAGAAAAUGUGUAUUGAAGUAGAUGAAGAUGAGAAUCCAAAUGGUGGACAAGAUUUACUUGUGAUGGAAUCAAAACAACAAUAUUCAUACACAAAAGCUUUCAAAAUCGCUUUGAUUAAUUCAAUGAGUUCACGUUGUCUUAUUGUUCUUUUAUUGAUUUAUAAACUUGGCGAACAAGGAUCUAUGAAUAUGUUACCUUUGAUGUUUUUUGAUAGAGGAUUUUCUUUAUCGAAAGUUGGAUUUUGGACAGGUGUUAUUGGACAAUUUGCAUCUAUCAUUGGGUCUUCUUCUGGAUAUUAUAUUGAGAAAAAACUCAGAUCUCCGCUAACUUCCAUUCUCACCCUGAUGAUAAUUCGUAUUUGUUUACAAUUUCCUCUAACAAUGAUUGCUUUCGAAUCUGUUUGGAUAAAUGCGCCUAAUGUUUCUUUCUGGAUAGGUUGUUUAUUGAUGAAUAGUUUACUUGUGGUUAGUGGAGGAAUUACAACAGUCAUAUUCACUUUGAUGAUGCAUUGUACUUGCUCUGAAACAACUAAAGAUUAUCAAGCAACACAUUAUUCAAUAUUAAGUACAGCAGAAUUAUUGGGAAAACUUAUAUUUGGUACAAUAGCUGCAUAUUUGACCGAUGUAUUUGGUUAUGGAGUUGCUUAUGUAUGCUUUUUAAAUUUAUCUCUAUUGCCAAUUAUAUAUGUUUAUAAAUACUAUGGGAAAUUUCGAUUUUGUCCAUGAAUAGUGGUUAUUAUACUGCGAUAUUCAUCCAAUAUCCUAAGAGAAUUAUUGGUCAAAUCCUAUUGGUCGGUUUCUAUUGGUCAAAAUUAUGGUCGUUAUAACUGUCAAAGUCAAAUACUUCAAUGUUGUUUCUUAUUGGUUGUCCUAACUAUCAAUGUCACUUCAAAUGUUACUUCCUAUUGGUCGUCUGAACUAUCAAUGUCACAGACUUCGAUGCUGUUUCCUAUUCGACCAAAAUGUAUAAAUACGCAUUAUGUGUAACGUUUUGUGAUGAGGACCUGGACUCGGUCCCGGAUCGCUAGUCCGGGAUCCUUAUUUUCUUCUGGACUCGGACCUCGUGCUUUCUGGAUGCUUGUAGAAUACAGGUUCUACUUCAUAUCAUGUCUUCUUAUUUUAACUAAAUAUGAGGGUUGGAAUAAUCGUAUUUGAGUAGCAUGUGGUGUCG